AUGGGGAAAUAUCAAGAGGAUGACAACAACGAAUUCCUCCCCAUGAGCCGCCCACGGCCCUCCACCGCCUCGACAUCCUCCGAUUCGGGCCUCUCCGUCGAUACCACCGCCUACCCCGAAGAAUCUAAGUACACUUCAACCGCCCCCGGCGCUGAUGGACUGUCCGAUGAGAAUAGAUACCGAGAUGUGGAAGAGGGAGAAGCAGGGGCAGACGAGCCGUUUCUACCUUCGGCAAAGAAGCCAGCUGCCACUGGGAGCCGUACGUCUCGUCUGAUUUGGGGCCUGGUGAUACUCUGCGUCGCAGGUUGGCUUUGGGGCCUGGUAUUGUUUGUGACCCAAAGUCGCUCGGCCCAACAAUCAGUUUCCGAAGCGCUGCAAUCGCACGAGUCGGGCGCAAUCUCCGGGAGUUCGAGUUCUGGGAAACCGGUUACGCUGGAGCAGGUGCUGACGGGACAGUGGCUUCCUCGGUCCCACGCCGUUUCCUGGAUUGCGGGACCUAAUGGCGAGGAUGGUCUUCUGGUGGAGCAAGGAGAGGAUCAGGGCAAGGGAUAUUUGCGGGUCGACGACAUUCGCAGUCGCAAAAGCGAUGCGACUGCCCAGGAAAGCAGGGUGCUGAUGGAGAAGGCAAUUGUGCAAGUGGAUGGACGAACGAUCUUCCCGGUCUCAACGUGGCCCAGCCCGGACCUGAACAAGGUGCUGCUUUUGUCUGAACGCGAGAAGAAUUGGAGACAUUCUUUCACUGGGAAAUAUUGGAUCUUCGAUGUGGCUACCCAAUCGGCACAGCCGCUUGACCCAAGUGAUCCUGAUGCACGCGUGCAGCUCGCAAUCUGGUCGCCAACAUCCGAUAUGGUUGCAUUUGUGAGGAACAACAACCUCUACUUGCGCAAGCUGUCCUCUAAGGAGGUUGUCCCAAUUACAAAGGACGGCGGUACGGAUCUUUUCUACGGCAUCCCCGACUGGGUCUACGAGGAAGAGGUCUUUUCGGGCAAUAGUGUAACCUGGUGGUCUGGCGACGGCAAAUACGUGGCUUUUCUGCGUACCAAUGAGACGGCUGUUCCUGAAUUUCCCGUCCAGUACUACCUGUCACGCCCAUCGGGCAAGAAGCCUCUCCCGGGACUAGAGGAUUAUCCAGAGGUCAGGGAGAUCAAGUACCCCAAGGCUGGAGCUCCCAACCCCGUUGUGAAUCUGCAAUUCUACGAUAUUGAGAAGCAAGAGGUUUUCUCGAUCGAAGCGCCAGAUGAUUUCGAGGACGACGAUCGUAUCAUUAUCGAGAUCGUCUGGGGCACCGAAGGGAAGAUUCUUGUGCGCGCAACCAACCGAGAAAGCGAUGUCUUGAAGGUGUUCUUGUUUGACACAAAGGCCAGAACUAGCAAGCUUGUACGUGUUGAGAAUGUCGCUGAGAUCGAUGGUGGCUGGGUAGAGCCUACGCAGUACACUUGGUUCAUUCCAGCAGAUCCCAACAACGGCCGCCCUCACGAUGGAUAUCUCGAUACCGUGAUCCACGAGGGCUACGAGCACCUGGGUUACUUCACGCCCCUGGACAACUCAGAACCCAUUCUCCUCACCCAGGGAGAGUGGGAGGUAGUGGAUGCGCCAACCGCAGUGGACUUGCGCAAAGGCGUCGUCUACUUCAUCUCUACGAAGGAAUCACCCACUGAGCGGCACCUCUACCAGGUGAACCUAGACGGAUCCAACCUCAAGCCUCUGACAGACACCUCCAAGCCCGGCUACUACGACGUAUCCUUCUCCCACGGAACCGGCUACGCCCUGCUCAGCUACCGCGGCCCGUCCAUCCCAUGGCAAGCGAUCGUCAACACCGAGACUGACGAGCUCAAGUACGAGGAGACCAUUGAGGACAACGCCGGUCUCGCACGUAUGGUUGACUCAUAUGCCCUUCCCACCGAGAUCUACCAGAACGUGACGAUCGACGGCUUCACCCUUCAAGUCGUCGAGCGCCGCCCUCCACACUUCAACCCGGCCAAGAAAUACCCGGUCCUCUUCUACCUCUACAACGGCCCACGCUCCCAAACCGUCGACCGCAAAUUCACUAUUGACUUCCAAUCCUACGUCGCCUCCAGCCUCGGCUACAUCGUGGUGUCCGUCGAUGGCCGCGGCACGGGCUUCUCCGGCCGCAAAACCCGCUGCAUCGUCCGCGGCAACCUAGGCUACUACGAAGCCUACGACCAAAUCACCACAGCCAAGCUUUGGGGCGAAAAGCCCUACGUCGACGAAACCCGCAUGUCCAUCUGGGGCUGGAGUUACGGCGGGUUCAUGACGCUCAAGACAUUGGAACAAGAUGCCGGCCAGACCUUUCAAUACGGCAUGGCCGUAGCCCCUGUGACUGACUGGCGCCACUACGACUCAAUCUACACCGAACGCUACAUGCACACCCCCGCCCACAACCCCAACGGCUACGACAACACCUCCAUAACCGACAUGACCGCGCUGCAACAAACCGUGCGAUUCCUCGUCAUCCACGGCGCCUCGGACGACAACGUCCACGUUCAAAACACCCUUGUCCUCGUAGAUAAACUGGACUUGGCGGGCGUGCAGAACUACGAUUUGCAUUUCUAUCCGGAUUCAGACCAUAGCAUUAACUUUCAUAAUGCGCAUAGGAUGGUUUAUGAGCGCCUAUCGAGCUGGCUCGUCAACGCUUUCAACGAUGAAUGGCAUCGCAUAGCGGAUCCGGUGCCGGAUGAUUCGAUAUGGGAGAAGGUGAAGAGGUCGUUGCCGAUGUUGGUGAAUUGA